UAAAAAAGAAAUCAUUAGUCUACUUCCGUUAAACCCACAAAAGCAAGUGACUUAUUUUACCCACUGCCAAUUCAGAGUAAUGAAUUUACUACAACAACUCCCUGCUUUCCUCUUCCAAAACCCAACUGUAAGAAAAGAAAUCACUCAAGAUGGAUUCCCAAACUCAAACAGUUGACAGACAACAACAGUCCUUCCUCCCAGGAGCUGCAAAACAAGAGGCUGGAACUCUUUCUCUCCGGCCCAGCAAAAAACGACGUCGUUACAAGGGCGACCGCCACACCAAAGUAGAAGGUCGUGACAGGCGGAUCAGGAUACCUUUAACUUGCUGUUCCGGUGUCUUCCGGUUGACCCGGGAAAUGGGGCACCGAACCCACGGUCAAACCAUCCAAUGGCUCCUUCAACAAUCCCGGCCCGACUUACUCCUGCCCGAUCCGAUGAGUUGCCCGAGUCGCUUAAUCGGGUCAGCCCCUGACUGCAUGGCAAAGGGUCGAGUGAGGGCUACAGUGGUUCAAGCAUCCACCGUGUUCUUGGACACUCCCGCCACGCUAGAUAAAGCAGAGAGACUAAUAGCUGGGGCAGCUGCAUACGGUUCACAGUUGGUUGUUUUUCCAGAAGCAUUCGUUGGUGGAUAUCCAAGGGGGGUUUCAUUUGAGGCUGUGGCAGUUCCUAGUUCAACUGAAGAUAAUGAGGUGUUUCUUAAGUAUCAUGCAUCAGCUAUUGAGGUCCCAGGCCCUGAAGUCGAUAGACUUGCAAAAAUUGCUGGUAAAUAUAAAGUUUAUUUAGUAAUGGGAGUAGUGGAGAGAGCCGGAUUCUAUCUCUUUAGUGCAAUUCUGUUUUUUGAUUCCAUGGGACGGUAUCUUGGAAAACAUCGGAAGCUAAUGCCAAUUGCAUCCGAAUGUGCAGUAUGGUGUUCUGGGGAGAAAUCAUCAUUGCCAUUAUAUGGGACAACAAUUGGGAAAGUUGGUGGCCUUCUCUAUUGGGACAAUAGGAUCCCAUCUUUGAGAACCCAAUUGUAUGCUAAAGGCAUUGAAAUAUACUGUGCACCAACAGCUGAUGCUAGGGAAGAAUGGCGAGCAUCCAUGAUUCACAUUGCAAUAGAGGGAAGGUGCUUUGUUCUAUCUGCCAACCAAUUCUGCCAGAGGAAAGACUAUCCUCUGCCACUCAAAUGCAUAGAUGGAGAUUCAAAUGGUGACUUGUCAUUGGACACAAUAAUAUGCAGUGGGGGCAGCGUUAUUGUUUCACCAUCAGGGACCAUUUUGGCAGGACCUAAUUACCAUGGAGAGUCCCUUAUCUCAGCUGAUCUAGAUCUUGAAGAGAUAACUCGAGCAAAGCUUGAAGUCAGUGAAACAGGGCAUAUUGUGGGACCAGAUUCUGUUGGUUGGGCUGCAAACAGACCCAAUCCUGUUAUUUUUCCAACAGCUGUGAAAGCAGAAGCUCUUGAUGAGUUGUCAUGGUCACCUGGUCUGUAAGGAAACUUAGCUCUAGAAUUGUGUUCAUAUCUUCCUAACAGCAAAGAGCUAGUUUGGACUCUCCUAACUGCCGAUCUGUAAAGUUUUUGAAAAUGUAGAGAGGAUGUUUUCUUUUUGUUAAACAAAACACGUAGGGAAGUUGCCAAGAUUCUGUAUGUCCUGUGGACUGAGAAGCUUUUGUACAGUUCGAUGAAUACAUGGGAUGAAGUCGGUACUAACUGAAUCGAUACUUUGUGGCUGUCAUAAAUGCUACUGUAGUCAUUAAAAUGAGACUUGUCCAUAUAAUCCUUUUGUUGCCA